UCAUUCAUUUCUCUGGAUAAAACCAGAACCAAAACCAACGGCCAUUGUCUCAAUCACUCUCUCUCUCUCUCUCUCUCUAAAACCAAUAUGUUCAUCGCUAUUGCUGUUCGCGUGAAACGGUUCGUUUUAUGACAUGGAGGAGGCAAAGGCAAGGAGGAGGCUCUCCAUUCUCUGUUCCCAUCUCCGUCCACUCGGGGCGUCGGAUUCGGGUCACGCUCCGACCCACCUGAUUUCUUCACGGGUUUCCAAUUCGGACUCUGAGAUUGAGAACAACAAAAAGAAUCUCCACCAAAACGACUGCGUUUUCUGCAAGAUUAUUAUCAACGAAUCUCCGUCUGUUAAGCUCUAUGAAGAUGAUAUGUGCCUGUGUAUUUUGGACAGAAAUCCACUGAGUCAUGGGCAUUCUCUUAUCAUCCCAAAAUCUCAUUUUUGUUCAUUGGAAGCCACUCCACCAUCUGUGGUGGCUGCAAUGUGUUCAAAAGUGCCCUUCAUCAGCAGUGCAAUAAUGAAAGCUACUGACAGUGAUUCAUUCAACUUGGUAGUUAACAAUGGUGCAUCUGCUGGACAAGUUAUAUUUCAUACUCAUAUUCAUAUAAUCCCUCGAAAGGCGCAUGAUUGCUUGUGGCCUUCUGAGAGUUUACGGAGGCGUCGCCUAAAGUUGGACCAGGAUGUUUUUAAACUUGUAGAUAGUGUUCGAGAACAGUUAUCAGUAUCGAACAACACCAAGAAUGGUCUCACAGGAAAUUAGUGGGUCAUUGAUCUGCAGUUGUAAUUUAUGCCAUGAUGGUAUGCAUCUUGUAAAUACAUGCAGAUUUUCUGGGUUGACUAGCAUAAAUGGAUCGUUUUAUUUUCUACCUGUA